AACCAUCAAUCUUACAUACAAACACUAAACAUUUUCAUCAUACAGCUAUUUUGUGGAUUUAAUACCAUAAAUGUAGUUGACCCUUUUACUCAAACUUCAAAAAUAUUGCAACAAAGUUUCAUUAAUUCCAGCAUUCAUGUCUUCUUCAACUUCUUCUUCAUCCAAAAGGCACCCAAUAUACCAUGGCAUUCGAACCCGAUCAGGAAAAUGGGUGACUGAAAUCCGUGAGCCUCGGAAGACAAACCGCAUAUGGUUAGGCACAUUCUCCACCCCUGAGAUGGCAGCCGCGGCAUAUGAUGUCGCGGCUUUGGCUCUCAAAGGCGGGGAUGCUGUUCUAAACUUCCCUGCCUAUGUAGGUAAGUAUCCGGUGCCGGCGUCCAAUUCAUCGGACGACAUCCGUGCCGCUGCCACUGCUGCAGCCGAAUUAAUGAAGGCUGAAGCCUUUAAUGGUGCUGGCUUUGAUAUUAGUCCUUCGUAUGAAACUGAGUUCCUUGAUGAGGAAGCUAUAUUCUCCAUGCCAAGAUUGAUGGUGGAAAUGGCUGAGGGAAUGCUGCUUUCUCCUCCUAGAAUGAAUCCACCACCGUCUGAGUACAUGCCUGAAUAUUACACUUUGGGAGAAAGUUUGUGGAACUAUUAAUGAUCUCUCUCUCUACAUAUAAAUAUCAUAUAAUCAUAUCAUAUCUAUAAUAAGGCUCCUCUUUUUCCUAACCAAUAAUUAAAGGUGAGACUUAGGUUCGUCAUUGAAGGAUUGUGAGUAAUUUACUAAACACGCAAUGAAAAUUAGUCACAUAAGUAAAUUUGUAAGUGGACUUUUACUUGCAAAUUAAUUUACUCAUGUACAAUUUUCAUUUGGUGUUGGUCAAAUUAUCCACAAAAUUUCAAAGACAAUCUAGAAAAAAACCUUAAUAUAUAUAACGGAAUAGGAAAAAUAUAUGUGGGGCAUAUCAUGCAUCGAUCACAAUGAUCAUGGGAUUCACGACUAGUUAGAUUCAUGAGUUUGAUUUAUGUUUUUGUUGUUUUCUUACGCUGCACUCCUUUUUACCUUUAUCAUGGUUUUAUUCCUUA